AUACGCAUCGGGCUCGACGGCCCCAUUCCAUAAGGCCACUCUUUCGUCGACAGUCACCGCAGUUUUCGAUAUGGGAACAAACGCCAAUGCUGCCGCUAACGACCGCGCAACUUCGAAAGCUCGCUUCAAGUGAUUCAGGCCAUGGCUGCACAUGGCUUGGUUACCGGCGACAGGAGUCAUCCCCGGACCAAGAGGGCCGCACCGAACGACACACUCAAGCCGCAGUUGCAAGACCCGGCCGGCGGGCCUCGGGAGGAGCCAGGCCUGCCCAGCGCCUGGGUGGCCGCCAUCGCCGUCAACGUGGCUCUAGUCGCACUGUUCCUUGUCUUCGUCCUCUACUGCUACAUCCGCAGCCGCAAGCGUGCCAAUAAGGGGGCAGCUCCCGAGAUGCGCGGCAGCUUCGAGACGCAGCUGGACAAGGCGACCACCCAGCCACUGGCCCUGGAGGCUCCUCGGCGGAGCCCACUCACGUGGCCGGCCUUGGAAUCCCAGCACGACGUGCCCGUCAUCAGAACACAGAGCGUUCACAGUGCGGACAAGGAGAGCGGCAUCAUCGAAGGCGUGGAGGACGACGAGGAGCCGGAGCUGAAGGGUCUGAGCCCGGACGAGUCGGACGAGGAGCUGCCGUCCGAGCCUUUGCCAAGGGCGCCCGAGGACGGCGACACGUAA